GCUGAUGUAUGGAAAACUUUUUUCUCCUCUUCCUACGCGUCCUUGUCUUGGUUUUUUUUUCCUGUUUCAAUUCAUAGAUUUAAUUUAUGGGCAUCUUUCUCUAAUUGUUUCAUAUCAAAGAUCAUUCACUGCUACCCAAAGAUCUUAGCUUUCGAAGAUAAUAUACUGUGUUUGGCUUGGAUUUUGGGACUAUUUACUCUACACGGAGAUUUUUGUUUUUUUGGUGAGUACUCUACAUGGAGUUUAAUUUCAGCAAAAUUUCAGUUUUCUUGUUCCUCAAGCUCCCAAUCGGCCUGAUUUAGCUGAAUUUUGUUAAUUUUUAUUGUAUCCGUUCUUCGGAUGGUGCGACCUGUUUAGCUGGAUUACUGAUACUUAGAUUUGAAAUUGGUUCAAUCAGAUAGCAGUGAGAGAAAAAAUUCGGCUAUAAGAAAGAAAUAAUCGCUUUUGGAUAGCAAAGAGUUGCAUAUAAAGCUUAAGUGUGUCUCGUCAUUAGCCGGAAAAUCUGCAAGCAUGGUUAGUAACUCAAGCAAGACCCAUUUCAAGGCUGAUAUGAGCGCCCAUGAGGUGGCGCGUGAACUGGAUGUGGACUUAGAGUCCGGUGAUGCCACCGUGGUCGGGGAACCUCAGCUCGUUUCUUCUGACUCAAUCAAAGAGAUCGUCAAAUGUCUAUAUGAAAUGCACCUGGAAAUGGCCAAUUUCAACCUCAAGUGUAAGGAAGAUAUAUGGAACAAUCAGGAAUUUUUCUCGUUCCUGAAGGAUUACUUCCAAAAUAGUCUCAGGGCAUUGGACUUCUGCACUGCCCUUGAGGACUGCCUGAAGCGCACACGUGAUAACCAGUUGAUAGUUCAGUUUGCAGUCAAGCAUUUUGAGGAAGAAGUGGACGAUGGGGUUGAUGGGGUGAAGUAUGUGAAGACAUUGCAAGAGUUGAGUAAAUUCAAGGAUGCUGAGGACCCAUUUACUGACGAGUUUUCUCCACCUUUUCCAUCAGUUUAUGAGCAGCAUGACUCGGUGUUGGACAAAUUGCAGCUUCGGAAAACAAAGCUAGACCAGAAAUUGGAACAUGUGAGGACAUGUAGAAUAGUGUUCAAUGUCAUUUUUGUUGUUGUAUUUGUGUCUGUGUUAGUUCUCAUGGUGGUGGCAGCUGCCAUUAAAGCUCCGGCUUGGGCAACGGCAUUGACGGGUGCAUUGUCUGUUCCAAUGGGCUAUCUGGGAAAAUGGUGCAACUCAGUUUUUAAGAGCUGUCAGAGUGCACUGGAAGGAAAAAGGGAAGUAAUCAGCUCAAUGCGAGAUGGCACUCUUACUACAAAGAAGGACUUGGGUAACAUUGAGGCACUUACUCGUAAACUGCGAAUUGAGACUGAUUCAAUGCUAGAGAAAGCUGAUUUCGCUCUUGGUGAAGAGGAGGCAGUGACGCUUGUGAUAGAUGAGAUCCAGAAGAAGCUAGAAAUGUUUAUGAAUACUGCUCAGAAUCUAAGGGCUAAUGUUGAUAGGUGUAGCGGCAAUAGUGUGAGUUGGAGGAAGUUGGUUUUGCAGUCAAUGUUCAGGCGUGCGCGGGACUGAGAAAUCCUUUGGCAUGUGGUCUGAGAUAACAACUUGUCAUGCUGGUGUUUGUCAGUGUGAGUUUCAUAAAAAAAUGUUCAUUUGCCCCCUUGGAUGAUCAUGUUUUGUAGAUCAUUCUUAGUUUUAUGCUUCAGAGUUUCUAAAAGAAAUCUACAAAACAUGAUUGAUUAUUCAGCUCUGAAGUUGACUGUUACUCGGUCAGUUUGAAGGGGUGGUACACUGAAAUGUCAGUAUUAUAAUUAGAAAGAAAACCUAUAGAUAAUGACACCUAUAAAUUA